UUUUUUUUUCAAAUUAUUAAAAUUGAUACUUUCAUUGUCAUGAAUUCAAUGCUUGUGUCUAACCAGAUGCAUAAUUCUUCAUCAGUUCAUAAUAUGGAACGAAUGUACAAUUGUAAUAUCUGUAUGAAGACAUUUUCAAGAUAUGACAAUUUAGAACGACACAAGCUAACUCACCAAAUGGAAAAACCCUUCAACUGUGACAUAUGUGGCAAAGCCUUUAGCCAGAAAUAUCACUUGAAGCAACACCAAGUUACUCACACUGGAGAGAAACCUUUUAAGUGCAAUAUCUGUGACCACAGCUUCUCACGCAAUGGCAACCUUUCUAGACAUAUGGCAAUUCAUACCAAAACUCUGUCCCCGAACAAUACAUCAAGACCGCCUCUUCAUUCCUCUUCUUACGAUGACAAUCCAUAUAAUUGUGAUGUCUGUGGUAGGGCUUCACAGAAUCAGAAACAAAACAUGGGACACACAGUGAUUAAUUCGGUAGAUAAACCAUUUAAAUGUGAUAUCUGUGGUUGCACUUUUUCUCGUAGCGGUGAUCUAACGAGACAUAUGAAGACACACGAGAAACCUCUCCAGCCAUACCAUAACAACGGAGGCACGAGUUCGCCUCCGUAUCAAAGUGAGAACCCAUUUAAUUGUAAAGCUUGCUGGAAGGCUUUUUCUCAGAGAGCUGGUGUAAAUGUUCAUGAGAAAAUUCACAAAGCACUUAAACCAUUCCAAUGCGAUGAAUGUGGAAAGGCAUUCUCUCAACGUACACAUUUACAAGUUCACAAAAGUCGUAUACAUACAGGUAACAAACAGUUCAAACCAAGCGGAGAGACAACUCCUUCAAGAUCAAAAUCUCACGAGAAUCCAUUGAACUGUGACAUCUGCUGGAAAGCUUUCUCUCAAAGAUCUCUCGUGAGCCUGCACAAACGUAUUCAUUCUGUUGUUUUACCAUUUGAGUGCAACAUAUGUGGCAAAGUUUUCACUGAAAAGGGAAACUGGAAGAGACAUCAACGCAGUCAUUUGGGAGAAAAAUUGUUCAGUUGUGACGUGUGUUCAAAAACAUUUUUACAGCGAUCCCACUUAAAAGAGCAUCAGAAAACUCAUUCUGGUGAACGUCCCUUCAAAUGUUCAACCUGUGGUUACGCAUUUUCUCGUAAAGAUCACCUCGAGCGCCAUCAACGAACUAAUAAAUGUUCCAAAAAAGUGAACUGCACUCUUCAGCAAACAUCAUCGUCAUCAUCCUCAUCAGGCAACACUGGGGAAAAUCCUAACAACAGCAACAACAAUCACCAGUUAAAUAUUACACACCACCCGACCACGACUGCUCCUAAUGUGCCACCCCAGCAUUCAAAUGUACCACGACACCAUACUACAGAGAUCCCCCAGCACACAAACUUACCUAACGCCCCAAUGUAUCCGGCCACCACUCAAAUGUACCCUACCACUAUACAAUUGUAUCCAAGUACACCUGUGUUUCCAACCAUACAAAUGUAUCCAAAUGCAUCCCAGAUAUUUGCAGCAAACAACCAAAUAUUUCCAAACAAUUAGAAAAUCAAUCAGCUUACUAAAAGAUUGUUUUUGUUGUUUUUUUUUCCCGUCAAUUCCUCUUUAGCUUUUUCAUUGCGAAAGAAAAAAACAAAAACAUUUUUCUAUGAAUUAUUUUUAUAUCAAACAAUUAAUUAAUACACCCCCCACACACACACACUUUUUUUUUUUUUUUGUGAACUCGGCAUGAUUACUACUAUUAUCAUAUCCAGACUAUUUCUAUUUUUCUGAUUCUAUUUGGAGUUUUUUCCUUUAGCUCUGAAAUAAUGCCAUUUUUUGCUUGGAUUUUAAGUAACUGACUCAAAAACCAAUGACAAAAUUAAAAAAGGGACGAGACAGGACAACCUAGCAGAUUGCUACCUGUAUCCAGCUGUCACCAAUAACAGUUCAAUUUCUUUUGCUAUUUGUGAAUUUCUAUGAUGUUAUCACCUGUUAUAUAGUCACCAUUUAUAAUUAUUAUUAUUAUUAUUAUUACUAUUAUUA